GUGACAAUUAGCAACCAAUUCUCGAACCGUCAAAACACACCAGACACGUCAACAGAAAAUCCCCCCACUUUUCAAGAACCAACCAACCAACAAAAACCACCUCCUCCCUCCAUUCUUCUUUUACCGAACCAAACCAAAAUUCCUUUCCACAAAUUUGCAGAAUCCAAAUCUUCUCCUCCCUCAAUUCUUCCUGUUAAUUACAGUACCUCUCUCACUCCCACUUCCAGUGUUCCGGGCUCGCCGGAAGAAAAGCCUCCCCCGACGUCAUGCCUUUCACUUCCAGUCCAAGCCACCUCUAAUAGUCCGGCCAAUCGCAAUACCCGGACCCGAAUACCUUAAUCGGGCGGUUGAACACAGCAGAAUCCGCAACGAUGAGACUGGUGGUUCCUCUGCAAGGUGUAGUACAAGGAAAGGGCGGCCUCCUUUUAGGUUCUCUAAUCCCAUGUGCCCUAUUCUACUUCCUGCAGCUCCAUCUCAAACGACACCGUUCCCCCUCUUCUCCUCCUACUUCCAACCCGCCCUCGCCCUCAGCUUCAUCUCCCAACCUCGUUGCUGACGCGCUGCCUCGUACAUCGUCUCGAUUAAAUUUUUUUGGCGGAGGAGGUGGGUCCAAAGGCCGUGUACCUUUCUCCAAUAGGGCUAGCUCCAUAGCCAAGCCCAAUGAUUCCCCAUACUACAUUGGAUUGGAUAGGGUUCGACUGGACCCCUUUGAUCCCUCUCUUAACCCCGAUGGGAUUAUUCAGCUCGGAUUAUCCGAAAACAGUGUACGGUUUACUCUUCUCCCCUUUUGCAACAAUUGAUGAUUUGGAUGAUAGGAUCGUGGCUCAUUUUUUUAGCUAUAUUGCUGCAGUUGUCCUUCGAUCUUAUUGAGGAAUGGCUUUCAAACAAUAAAAGUGUGGUUGAUUCGUUGUUGCUGGGACGAGUUGCUGAUGGUGGUUUAAGCAUUGGCGACAUUGCUAACUAUCAGCCUUGGGAUGGAUUGAUGGAAUUGAAAGUGGCGAUGGCUGACUUCAUGAGACAGGCCAUGGGUGAAAAGGUGUCAUUUGAUCCCUCCCGACUGGUUCUAACUGCUGGUGCCACUCCUGCCAUUGAGAUACUCAGUUUUUGUCUAGCCGACCAAGGGAAUGCAUUUCUCAUCCCAACGCCUUACUACCCCGGCUUCGAUAGGGAUGUGAAGUGGCGAGCAGGUGUGGAGCUAGUACCGGUCCACUGUCGUAGCUCAGAAAAUUUUGUGCCGAGCAUCCCUGCUUUUGAGCAGGCAUUUAAUCAGGCACGAAAGCGGGGUCAGAAAGUUCGAGGAAUUCUCAUUUCAAACCCUUCAAAUCCAGUUGGAAACAUACUAUCUAGGGAAAUGCUGUAUGGUCUCUUAAGUUUUGCCAGAGAGAAGAACAUUCACAUCAUAUCAGAUGAAAUAUUUGCUGGGUCAACGUAUGGGGAUGAUGAGUUUGUAAGCAUGGCAGAGAUUCGUGAUGCAGAGGAUUUCGACAAGGAUAGGGUUCAUAUAGUGUAUGGGCUUUCCAAAGACCUUUCUCUUCCAGGCUUCAGGGUUGGUGUUAUAUAUUCAUUAAACGAAAACGUUUUGGCUGCUUCUCAAAAGCUAACUAGAUUUUCUGCAAUUUCAACACCAACUCAGAAGCUGUUAGUUUCCAUGCUAUCAGAUUCCAGGUUUAUACAGGACUACCUACAGACUAAUAAACAGAGACUACGUGCCAUUCAUGAUUUAUUUGUUGUUGGCCUUGAACAACUAGGUAUAGAAAGCACAAAAAGCAGCUCUGGUUUCUAUUGUUGGGUAAACUUGAGCAGAUUUGUUAGUCCAUAUAAUGAGAAAGGAGAGCUAGAGCUUUGGGAGAAGCUUUUAAGUACAGCCAAGAUCAAUGUUACACCUGGCUCGGCUUGCCAUUGUAUUGAACCUGGAUGGUUUAGAUGCUGUUUUGCAACCCUAGAUGAAAAAGAUGUUGCCGUAGUAAUAAACCGGAUACAGAAAGUACUGGAAACUUGUAAGCCUCCUUCUUGAGAAACUUAUGGAAACAUAGAUUGAUGGAGAGUUUGUAUAUGGAAACAUAGAUUGAUGGAGAGUUUGAGAGUUUGUAUAGCUAACUACAGAAACCCAGUGCUUGGCAGUAGCACCGUUUUACUUCAAGAUACGCAACAGAAGUCAUGAAAUUUGGUAUCCCUAUCUUACAGAAAGGUAACAGGAUAAUAAUUUUCGAUUAAAUGCUGGUGGUACAUGUUACAGUCUUUUUCUUUACAUCAGCUUGAGUUGUAAUUGCCUUGUCCACUUCUUAUGAAAUCCGCCGAGUAUGUUGCUUGUUUCAAGGAUGCCACAGCCAAGUCUAUUUUUUGUCAUGAAUUUCUGCCAAUGUGCAAGAGGAUGAUCACAUCAUACAUAGAUACAUCGCAGUCAAAAUUGCAGUAUAAAUAUCUUUCCAGGUCCUAGUCAUUUUCACAAAGAAAUGAGGUGCACAAAGAUUAUGUAAAUUCACUAAGUUCAGGAAACAGUUUCUACUUAUUUGUUUUCUGCCUUAAGAAAAAAUUUUACUUUCAAGAGGAGUUGAAAGUUAGAUUUACCUUAGGCGCUCUUUGUGUCUGCAUUUGUAUGGCUUUCCUUUGGUAACUAUAUCUCCGACUCAUCAUUAUCAGCUCUCCUAGUGUUUUUGGUUUCGUAAUUGAGGCACUGUUGUUCUGUUCACAAAGGAAAUCAUUGCUGUGCUUCCUCGACUGCAGACGAGAAUCGCUCCUUUCAUGGCGGUCGACCUUUCCCAGGAAGUUUGCCUUAGGGGUUAAUAGAGGAAAGAGCCACUCUAAGAAAGAAGCCCCUUUUAGGCUUGUAGCUCCAGUGUCAUCGUAGCUGGCGGUACUGCCGUCCGUUUGUGAAUCUGGUGAAGCAGGACUUUCCAUCUGCUGGUUUUGAAAACCUGUAACUGAAAGUUGUUGGACAGGAACAGCAUUGGAAAUGGCCAUGGUGGGCACAAGGCCGUUGGCCAACAGAGAAGGAGCUGCCGACGUGUAGGAAUCAUCUGUUUCAGAGUCGCAUGUUUCUGGAUAUGAUGAAUCUUGCAUGUCAAUCUCAUCGCCGUCCUGAUCAUUGAAGGUAACCCAAAUGUUGUCGUGGCCUCCGUAAUGUCCGGUCGAUGGUGUGAAGCUGUUAAAAUUCCCCUGACCUGGUGCAAAUAUUGAAACUGGUGCAAAUGUUGAACCAUUUGGCGGUGGCUGAGAAAAUGAUUGAAGUGGUGUUCCUGGCUUUUCUUCCCAUUUGAAAGGUACAGAAGCAAUGUACUUAGCUGGAGGUGCAGCGAAUUUUUUCUGGGCGGGAUUGGGUUUCCAGUCCUUCUUAGGUACUCCUGGAAACUCUUCCCAAACGAAUGGAAUAGAAACAGAUUGUUUCACCCUCUUCCUGGUGGUAGCAUCAGAGGGCUCUCUCUUCUCCAUCUUGACAUCUUUGCCAUGCUGUAUGUCCAUGCUUCUAAACCCUGGAUGAAUGAUUUGAUUUGAUCAUUUACGAUUGAGGGGUUUAUAUAGAUCUAUCAUCUUACAGCGUUGAUUAGAUUGAUCCAAAAAGUGGAAGAUUGGGUGGGUUAGAAAUUUUCGGCACUAGCUCCACCUGCCAACCGCACCAUUGCAGAACAAAAGAGGUAGGCUCACGGCUCACCAAUUGUGCGAUUUAUAUAAAACAACAUAAAAGCGUGCAUGGGAUAUCAUGGUAAUGUGGUAUUGGUAGAUAAACUUAUCGUGGCAAAUUGGUGUGGUGAAUUACGCAGCUGAUUUGACCAAAGUUGAAAAUAUAGUAAGGUUUUAGUUUGGUCAAAAGGGGGACUCAACUCAACUACGAAUGCAGAUAGAAAUUCUGGGAUUCCUAUCUCGUCGUCAGAGUUUGGCAACGUGGCGGGGUGUUUGUGUAACUAACCCAUAAAGAUGGGAUCAUAAUCCACUAAGCUGUGCUGCUGAUAAGUGGUUUAUUGACGCAACGAAUUUAUUCAGUCACAAAGCCAUCAAAUCCAUAAGUGGGGGUUUUAAGGAGGAAUUGCUGCAACUGUCACUAAAGUCGUAGGGAUCUCCAACUUCGGUCUUACUAGGACCAAGAAGUUAUUUGACCAAACCAUUCGUUAAGUGGAAAGAUAAUAGAUAAACGACUCUUUAUGAAUUAGUUAGAAUGGCUUAUAAAAUACUAAUAAAUAUAGAUUGUCUGAAGGUUGAUCAAGUUUUUGCCUUUCUUGGUCUCUUUGACCAUUGGAAUGAAAUGGCAUGCCUGUUUGGUGCGGUUGACCAACUAAUGGAAUGAAUGAAACCUAUUUACGAAAACUGAACUGAAUGCUUUGAGCGUUACGACCUCCUAUCGGUUCCAGAGCUGGUUUUUGUUCUUUUGCUUACAAAUCGCAUUUGUUGCAUGCUAGGGUGUACGGAGCAUGAAUUGGUGUAUUUUUUGUGUUCAUUUUCCAUCAACGUGAUUGCUAUGUUUAUUUCUUGUAUCAUUAAGAACGG